GUAUACAUUUUCUACAUAUAUUCUUGAGACAAAAACCACAGGCAAGGUCAAAAGGCACCCCCCAGUCCCCCACCCCCCACCCCCACCCCCUCCCCCUCUCGCUCCAAUCAAUACAACCCACAAAGUUACAAAACAAACAGCAGAGGUCAGCUCAAGUGUCUCCAUAGUUUCAUUCACUUGCUGUUAUUCAACCUCUCUCUCUCUCUCUCUCUACUCACUCAUGGCCGCCAACAAGAAGAGUGAAGCAAUUCCCCUCUUACUGCCCACUUAUAUAAUAGGAUUUUCUCUUCAAAACACACAGUCCGCACCCACCUUUCCGUCUUCUUGUUUUUCUUGAUUUGCGUGCUUCAUCAAUCUUAUCCUUCCAAAACAAGGGGCUUAGGCUUAAGCUAAUUUUCUGGUUUUUUACUUGUUGUUUUGAUAAGAUCCCAUUUCAAGAACCGUGCUUUUCCUCAUUUUCUUGGAUUUGUUGUUGGAAAAAAGGUUUCUUGUUUUCUCUCUCGGGUAAAAAAAAGGAAGGAUUUUUACCCCUUUCUUGAAUAAGGUGCUUUUUGGGAGGAUUCUUGAAUCUUGAGUGUGUGCAAAGUGAAGUGAAAUAAAUUGAAAUGGGGAGUAAAUGGAGGAAAGUGAAGCUUGCUUUUGGGCUGAAUCUGUGUGUGUACAGUCCCAGAAACCAUGUGGCCGACAAUGAUGACGAUGAGGAGUCGCCGCCGCCGUCCGAGCGGCGCUCCGACGCCGCCCUGCUUUCGCCGCCCGGUGACUGGACAUCUGCUCCGCCGACUCCCUCUUCCAAUAGGCUCAGGCUCUCCAAGAGUUUGAGUAGAUCUUCUUCCAAGAAGACUUGCUCCAUAUGUUUGGCGACGAUGAGGCGUGGCGACGGGCAGGCGAUUUUCACGGCAGAGUGCUCCCAUUCCUUCCAUUUCCAUUGCAUUGCUUCAAAUGUGAAACAUGGGAACCAAAUCUGCCCAGUUUGCAGAGCAAAAUGGAAAGAGAUUCCUCUACAAGGCCCAACCUUGGAGCCUCCAAUGGGGAGAGCAAGAAUAAAUCCAGUAGAUUGGCACCAGAACAAUGACUUCAUGACUGUUAUCCGCCGUUUACCGCCUCCUCGGUCCAGCUCCGCGCGUAACGUUGCCCCGUUGUUUCAGGCUCCCGAUCCAGCAAUCUUCAACGACGACGAGUCAUUGGAUCACGAGAUAGACUCUUCCGAGAAGAGCUUCUCCAACAGGAGCGCCUCUGGCUGUGAUGACGAUCGGAGGAAAGUUGCUGUCAUGACGUACACCGAGGUUCCAGCUGUUGCAAAGUCGAGCACUUCGGACAGUUUCACCGUCUUGCUCCACCUGAAAGCUCCGGUCUCCAAUUCGUGGCACAAUGCCACCAGGAGUGAUGCGAAGCUGCCCAAAAUCGCUCAGUCGCCUCGUGCACCGGUGGAUCUUGUCACGGUUCUUGACAUUAGCGGGAGCAUGGCAGGCACCAAGCUCGCGUUGCUCAAACGAGCUAUGGGGUUUGUGAUACAGAAUCUCGGCCCCAAUGACAGGCUGGCUGUCAUAGCCUUCUCUUCAACAGCGCGUCGCCUUUUCCCCCUCCGUAGAAUGUCUGAAGCAGGGCGCCAGCAGGCUCUACAAGCUGUUAACUCUUUGGUCGCCAAUGGAGGGACCAACAUUGCUGAGGGGUUGAGAAAGGGGGCCAAAAUUAUGGAAGACCGACGCGAGAAUAACCCCGUUGCCAGCAUAAUCUUGUUGUCGGAUGGACAGGAUACGUAUACGGUGAACAGCAGCAGCCAGAACCAACCAAACUACCAGCUGCUUCUUCCGUUGUCCAUUCGCCCUAAUGAAGCCUCGGGUUUCAAGAUUCCGGUUCAUGCAUUCGGAUUUGGUGCUGAUCAUGAUGCAUCGUCCAUGCAUUCAAUUUCAGAGAUCUCCGGAGGUACCUUUUCUUUCAUUGAGACUGAGAGUGUGAUUCAGGAUGCAUUUGCUCAGUGCAUUGGUGGCCUCCUGAGUGUUGUCGUGAAGGAUCUCAAUGUUAAAAUCGAGUGUGUUCAUCCAAGCAUUCGUCUUGGCUCGUUGAAAGCUGGAAGCUACCCCAACCGCAUCUUGUCCAAUCAACGGGCUGGAUCUAUAGAUGUUGGAGAUCUGUAUGCAGAUGAGGAGAGGGACUUCCUGCUCUCCGUAAACGUUCCUGCUGAAACUUCGAGCAACGAGACAUCACUGUUGAAGGUGAAGUGUGUCUACAACGACCCCUUGACGAAAGAAUCAGUAACCCUGGAAGGUAAAGAGGUUAGAAUUGAGAGAACCGACCUGACCAGACGAGAAGAUGUCUCAAUUGAAGUCGACAGACAACACAACAGGAUUCGAGCAGCAGAGGCCAUGGCACAAGCUCGGACUGCAGCUGAGAACGGAGACCUAGCCGGUGCUAUCUCCAUACUCGAGAACGUGCGCAAGGCUCUAUCAGCAACCGUAUCAGCUAAGUCUCAUGACAGGCUCUGCAUAUCACUUGACGCUGAGCUCAAGGAAAUGCAAGAGAGGAUGGCGAGCAGGCACAUCUACGAAGCAUCGGGGCGAGCCUACAUACUAUCCGGACUGAGCUCACACUCAUGGCAGAGAGCGACAGCUAGAGGCGAUUCAACGGAUGGUUCAAGCCUCGUUCAAGCUUACCAGACCCCGUCAAUGGUUGAGAUGGUCACACGGUCGCAGGCCACGUUGCUGGGCAGCCCCUCGGCUCAGAGGCUCCUCCGGCCAGUGUGGUCGUUUGCUUCACAACCGAAGCCAAGAUAGUGGGUGAUCAAAGCAGCAGUCACCAGAAGGCGAGGCUACCGCCCUUUUUUUUGUUUCUUCGUUGCAUUUCGAGUUUUGUUUAGGGGUUGGGGUGAUGAGUAUUCCUGUCUAAUUUUGUGAAGGAAAUAAACUCUGUAAAGGGGUUCAAUAUAUUGGGGAGGAAACGGGAAGAGAUGUAGCUAGGAUAACAACUGUGUUUCUUAGUCUGUGUGAUUGUUGGGGGUGGUGUAGAUAAGGGUAUAUGGUUUUUGGGAUAAUUGGGUAUUAUUAGCUUUGUAUUGUGGAGAUAUCAACUAUCCACUUUAAAUAUAAAAAUCUGCAAUGUUAUUUUGUUCA